UAAUUAUACAAAAAGAAGCAAAAAUUAAAUACUAAUUAUAUAUAUACUAAUUUAACAAAAAUUCUAAGAAUUAAAUUAUAAAGGAAGUAGAUGAUUCGUAAAAAUAAUACAUAGAUAGAUUCAUCUAAAGGGAGCGAUUAUUUUUUAAAUAACAAUAGCACUUUUAUUACAAACUCCAAUGGAUCUAUCAAGGCUCAAAAAAAUAUAUUUUUAUCUUAAAAUAAAAACUUAAAGUAGAUAGAAAAUCAUUAAUAAAGAUCAUUACAGAAUCAUGGGUUAAAAGUAAGGAUUUAGACAACAGACAUGAAUACUAAAAACAAAAUUAAGAUAGGUAAUAAUUUUUUAUCUACGAGAGAAAGCAAAAAGGACUAUUCACCAUCUAAUAAAUUGAACGUUUAAAUGAAAUAGAAGAAAUUGCCUUAUUUGCUUAAAUAAAAUUACAACAGUAAAAAUAAAAAAGAUCAAGCUAAUUUACAUGUUUAAAUUAAUAAUUAACUAUCUUAGAGUAAUGGAAGAAUUACUCAUAGAUUUUCAGGAUUGAAAUAAAGCAAUUCUGAAAAAACUAUUAAGAAACCAGAUAAUUAUGAAUAGUCCUAAGUUUUUUUCAAGAGUAGGAGAAUGGCAACUAUUCAGCAAAAGAGAGAAUAGAAAAUAUAUUAUUUAAAGGAUACUUUUUAAAAGAUGCAAGAAUUAUAUGAUGCUGAAAAAUAUAGAAAAUAAAAUACAAAUACAGUGUUAAAGGAUGAGCUAAUAUAAACUGCUACUAGAAUUUUAGAUUCAUAAAGUAGUGGGUCAAGUGAUUAAUUGAGCUAGUAUGAGCAAAAGCAUAGACAAAAGCAAGCAACAACCGACUAAGAAAUAGUUGAACCUUAGUCAUCUGUGUUCUUUAAGCACUUGAGAAAUGGAAAUUUGUAAGCUGUGCUACAAUAAUAGCACUAAUAGAAUAAUAAAUAAAAAAUGAAAUAUAAAAAAGUUAAUCUUAAUCAAUUAAGAGUUUAAUAUAGCCCUUUGACCUAGAAAGAUCACCCACUUCCUAUUGAAUUGCAUACUUUCGAUGAAAUAUAAAAUACUUUAUCAGGAAAGAGUAAAAAAUUUUUAAUAAAUAACUAUAAAUCAGAAAAGCUAGGUUUACAAAUGAAAGUAAACACUCAGGCAGAUAAUUUUAUGGAUUAAAUUAGUUAAGCUUACAGCAAAUACUACAAGCAAAAAGAAUUAGAUUAGAGCUCUUAUUCCAAAGAAGCUGAAAGUACUAUGACAAAAAUUUCAACCAUGAAUAAAAUAGGUACUUUAAAUUAAUUAAAUGAUAACUACAUGGAUUAAGAUUAGGAAAGGAAAAAAAAAAAGUUAGGAGGAAAUUAUAACAACUUUCAUUAUAAAAGAAAUUAGAUAACAAUAUCUGAUAUAAGUGAAAUAGAUGAUAUUCAUAUUUAAGAUAUUCCAAUUGUUGAAUCAAAAGCUAAUUUAGUCUCUAACCAAAACAAAAAAUAGAAAAAUAAAAAGGAAGAGAACAAGCUGCUAAAAUUAAUAAAUAUUUACUAAAAAAGAGAAACAGAAGGAGAGAAAUAACCUGAAGUAUAGCAAUUUAUAAAUCUAAAAAGAAACAAACUUGAAGGUACUUGGCCACACAAAGAAUAGAAUUAAGGAGAUAAUUCAUUUCAUUCAUUCACAGAGGCAUAACUAGAUACAUAUUACAAUCACAGCCAAUCUAUAUAAAAGAAUAUAAUAGAUGAUCCAAAUAUUCAGAAAUCAAUCAAGAAUUUGCUCAAGCUAGAAUAUUUUUUUAACAAAACAAAUAAACUUGCAAAAAAUAAGAUAGGAACAUCUAGAAGGUGA